CGUCGCGAGUUCUACACCGUGACGGCCAAGCUGGACAACUACGUGAAGGACCUUCAUUACAAGGCAGCUUCACACCUGUGCCACAACACGGACGUGAUACUGCUGCCCAAAUUCUCGACUUCGUCCAUGUUGCGCCCAAGUGCUCCGUGGACGCACGCGUUCAACGACCAGAUGAACACGCUGGCCCACUACCAGUUCCGGCGGAGACUGCUGGCGAAGUGCGAGGUGGCGGGCAAGGCCAUGGUGCUAUGCUCUGAGACGUCGAGCCGCAUCUGUGGCCGCUGCUGCCGCCUCUACCUCACACUGCGCAACGAAGAUGUAUUCCGGUGCCCCCACUGCGGCUUCCUGGCUGGACGAGACGAGAACGCGGCCUAUAACAUUCUG